AUGUGGAAGCUUGAGGUAGCCAAGGGCGAUGAUUCUUUGCUGUUUAGCACCAACAAUUUUGUUGGCAGACAAGUAUGGAAAUUCGACCGUGAUUAUGGUACGCCUGAGGAACUUGAACAACUCCAAAAAGCAAGAGAGAAUUUCUCACAAAACCGAUUUCAAGUUAAAGCAAGCAGUGAUGUUUUCAAGAAUUUGCAGCUUAUCAAAGAAAGUGGAAUUGAUCUUCUCAGUAUACCAGCAGUCAGAUUGGGAGACAAAGAAGAUGUAACUGUUGAAAAAACUGAAACUGCUUUGAGGAAAGCUUUUCGAUUCACCUCAGCGAUCCAAGCAAGUGACGGCCACUGGCCUUCUGAAUUUUCAGCACAAUUGUUUCUAACACCUCCUUUGAUUAUAUGCCUGUACGUCACCCGAACACUGGACACAAUGCUGUCGUUUGAACAUAAAAAAGAAAUGCUUCGCUACAUUUAUAAUCAUCAGAAUGAAGAUGGUGGAUGGGGAUUCCACAUAGAGAGCCAUAGCACAAUGUUAUGCACAGCACUAAACUACGUUGCACUGCGUUUGCUUGGCGAAGAACCCGAGGGUGGCAAAGAUGGGGCAGUAGCAAAGGGCCGAAAAUGGAUACUUGACCACGGGGGUGCCAUAAGUAUACAAAUCUGGGGAAAGAUAUACUUAUCGGUGCUGGGAGUGUACGAAUGGGCAGGCUGCAACCCUGUGCCUCCAGAAUUGCUGCUUGUCCCGUCGUUUCUUCCUUUUAGUUCAGCGAAAUUGUGGUGUUACUUGCGCACGAUUUACACUCCUAUUGCGUACUUGUACGGGAAGAGAUUUGUGGGGCCAAUCACCAAUCUCGUUGUAGCCAUAAGGAGCGAAAUUUACAUCCAGCCCUACGAUCAAAUAGAUUGGAAUAAAGCUCGGCAUUUAUGUUUACAGGAAGAUCUCUACAUUCCUCGUUCUCUGGUACAAAAUGUGAUAUGGGACGGUCUUUAUUACAUUGGCGAGGCACUUGUUAAACGUUGGCCAUUUUCCAAGCUAAGAGAGAAAGCUCUGGAAAAAGCAAUGAGGCACAUUCGCUGUGAAGAUGAAAAUACCAGAUAUUUGACUCAUGCAUGCUUGGAAAAGGCUUUGCAUAUGUUUGCUUACUGGGCAGAAGAUCCAACUCAAGAAGCAUUCAAGCUUCACCUUCCUAGAGUUCCUGAUUACUUAUGGGUUGCUGAAGAUGGAAUGAAGAUGCAGAAUUUGGGAUGCCAGCUGUGGGAUGCUGUAUUUGCAACUCAAGCAGUUAUGGAAAGUGAUUUUACUGAUGAAUAUGGUUCUACCCUCAGAAAGGCGCAUGAGUUCAUCAAACAAACUCAGAUACUGGAAAAUCGAUCUGGAGAUUACAAAGAUAUGUACUGGUAUAUUAGUAAAGGAGCAUGGCCUCUCGCUGAUGGAGAUCAGGGUUGGCAAGUCUCUGACUGCACAGCUGAAGCACUAAAGGUUUUACUUUUGAUGUCAGAAAUGCCAUCAGAGAUGGUUGGUAACAGCGUUGAAGCAAAACGAUUAUAUGAUGCUGUGGAUUUCCUCCUCACUUUACUGAGCAAAAAUGGUGGUUUUUCAAUUUGGGAGCCAGCAAGUCCUCAUCCAUGGUUGGAGCUGUUGAAUCCUACUGAAGCUUUUAGUGGCGUAGUGGUUGAAAUUGAAUGUGUUGAGUGCACUGGAUCUAUCCUCCAGGCUCUUGUAUUGUUUAAAAGAUUAUAUCCCAGAUACCGGACGAAAGAAGUAGAAAUUGCUGUGGCUAAAGCAACAGAUUACAUUGAAAAUGCACAGAAGAGCGAUGGAUCAUGGUAUGGGAAUUGGGGGAUUUGCCACACAUAUGCUGCAUUUUUUGCAUUAAGAGGUUUGGCUGCUGCUGGGAAGACUUGCCGCAACAGCGAAAUAGUACGUAAAGCUUGUGAUCUUCUGCUUUCAAAACGAGUAAAGAAAUCAGGAGGCUGGGGAGAAAGCUACCUUUCGUGCAGAAAUUUAGAAUACAUACAACUUGAAGGAAAUCGAUCAAAUCUGGUACAAACUGCAUGGGCUAUGAUGGGUCUGAUUCAUGCGGGGCAGGCUGAAAGGGAUCCCACGCCUUUACAUGAAGCAGCAAAACUACUUAUCAACUCGCAGCUUGAAACCGGUGAAUUUCCCCAGCAGGAAAUCACAGGGGCGUCCUUGAAGACUUGCAUGUUACAUUACGCUUCGUAUAGGAAUAUAUUUCCACUAUGGGCUUUGGGCUUAUACAGGAAACAUGUGCUCUGCUCUCACCAAAAGCCGUAGUGCCCUUUUCUCUUCAAAAUGCUCGUCUUAUAAUAAAUUCAAGCAAAACCAAACCUAAUGUAAAAUUUAUCAAUAUUUCCUUAUUGUUCAAAAGAUAUUUGUAGAAUAAGAUAUAUUGAUAUAUUAUAAAAUAAUUGCAAGUUC